AUGUCCUCAGUCAGUGCGCCGUUGCUCCCAGGAGAAGCCGCGAGUGAAGCCACGCCUAAUCAUGCCGCGACUGCAUAUGCGACUGCAGAAGAGACCGAGCAUGCAGAGACUCCGUCUAGGAAGGAGUGGAUAAAGCCAUCCCCUGCGUGGAUACUGACACUGGUCGCGGUGGCGGCCGUCUCGACUUCGGGAACCGUGGCUCCCCGCGCUGCAGCUGCAGCUUUCAUUGCAGUCGUCUCGGGGUUGACCGGCCUUCUGUCCACGCUCACCGCUGCAUGGUGGGGUGCUCUAUCAGAUUGCUACGGCCGUAUUGGCGUGCUAGGGUUCAAUGUCGCGGGUCUCAUGUUGUCAGACUUCGUGUUUCUGACCACCGCCCAUUUCUGGGAAAGGCUGCCAGGGACAUACUGGUGGUUUGCCCUGGGACCCGUCAUCGAGGGUCUGGUAGGAGGGAUCUCUGUAGCCUCUAUCAUCAUGCAUGCCUACAUCUCCGAUUGCUGUGAUCCAACUCAGAGGUCACGGGCCUUCUCGCAGCUUAUGGGCCUCUUGUUUAUCGGGAUGAGCGUCGGACCCAUCCUCACCGGCUACGUGAUAGACAAGACCAACCAGAUACUGCCUGUGUUCUACGUGACCACCAUCAUCGACACGGCGGUAUCGCUUGCGGUGUGGUUGAUAAUGCCGGAGUCGUUGUCUUCCACAGACAUGCAGGAACACCGCGCUCGAAGGAAGCAGCGCCUCCAGAGUUUGGGUCCUGGAAUCGCAGGCUGGUUGAGGAGGGUUGUUACCACAGUAGAUAUUGUGUCGCCGCUCGCCGUAUUGCUUCCGAGACGAGUCGACGAUAGGAAUGGCAAGCGAUCCGUGGACUGGAGUAUGACCGUCCUUGGUCUUGCGUACGGUUUUGGAACUUUCAUCCAGGGCUCUGUCGUCUUCCAAAUUCAGUAUGCGUGGAUGAUGUUUGACUGGACUGCUGGGGUGGUCAGCUACUGGCUCGCAGCCAUACACAUCGCGAAAGCGGUGUACUUGACCCUUCUGUUCCCAGCGCUUGUCAAGCUCCUUGCCUGGCUUUGGAAGCAGCGACAAGCUCCCAGCACUGAAUCCGAGCCACUCCUUUCGGACCAAGGGGAAUAUGCGCCAACUCAAUCUCGCAAGAAGGUCGCGCCCGCGGCCUCCCUUGAUCUCCUCCUGGCUCGCGCAGCGGUGGUUACCGACCUCGUAUUCUACGCGCUAGUGUUCAGCACGAGCUCCGGCGCGCUCUUCGCGCUCUUCACCAUGUGCGUCUCCCUCGGCACCAGCUUCGGGCCGACGAUGCAAAGCCUCGCGCUGGACCUCUACGCCCGUCGCGGACACCACGACACGGGCAGCCUGCUGGGCGCGCUGACCGUCGUCUCGGCACUCAGCUCCCACAUCCUCGCGCCCGCGCUGUUUGGGUUCACGCUUGCGCGGACGGUCGAGACGCUGCCGGGCGCGUUCUUCUUGGUGGGAUGCGCUGCGCUGCUGACGAUGUCUCGGUCCUCCUCGCGGGACGUUGCCGUCCCCCUCCUCCGCGCCGCCCUCGACCCCGACCGCUUAUCGCGCUCGCGCUCGCGCCCUGGGUCGCGACCUCGUCACGCGCGGCACUCCACCGCCAACUCCAUAUCGUCCAUCCCCGUCGGCCCAGAAGACCUCAUCAACCCCGGCGGUGGCGGCCCGAUAAGCGAGGAAGAGUCGGAGCUGCUGCAGGAUCUCGUCCACAGACACCAGCAUCAACAUGCUGUCGAGGAAACGCUUGUCGAGGAAGAGUCUGGAGCGGGGAGCGGGGAGGAGGAGGAAGAGGAGUUCGAUGACGAGUGGAGGCAGAAGCGGCCGUGGUACCGGCGGCCUUCGCCCGUAUGGUUCUUGUCGUAUGUGCCUUUCGCAGCCAUUGCGAUGACAAUUGCCGCGGCAGCGAAGAUAGAGCUCUUCAUCUACCUCGUGUGCCUCACCCACAGGCCGCAGGUCAACCCUGACCAAGGAAGCGAUAUUGUUUCCUUCAUCGCCCGUAACGUCUCGGCCACGUUCCUCGACGAACCGAACCAGAGAGUCUGCAAAUCCGACCCGACCGUCCAAGCCGCUGUUGCACAGCUGAACACAGUCAUGACCACUACCAUGGGUGUCCUCGCCUGCAUGACCACCGCCUGGUGGGGCUCCUUGUCGGACCGCUACGGCCGCACGAGAGUUCUGGGCUGUGCGGUAAUCGGCGUUUUGAUCCAGGACGCCAGCUUCCUCGCCGCGUUUUGGUUUUAUGACCACAUUCCGGGAGGGUACUGGUCCCUGCUCAUUGGCCCUCUUGUAGAAGGAUGCUUGGGCGGCCAAGCACUCAUUUCGGCCACGAUUCACGCUUAUAUUGCCGAUUGCACGCCGCCUGCGCGUCGUUCUGCUGUUUUCUCGUUGAACUUGGGCUUGCUGUUCACCGGCGUGGGUGUUGGUCCACUACUCGGCGGCCUGUUAAUUCGGUUUACCGGCAAAUUCAUCAUCGUCUUCUACAUCUCAGCCAUAAUACACCUCAUAUAUGCGCUGCUGGUAUGGUUCAUCGUCCCGGAGUCGCUCUCCAAGGCCGAAUUGCAAGAGGCACGAAGCCGAUACAAGGUCGCGAACGAGGAGUACUUCGCGGCACACGCGCACGGGGGCAUCCUCGUGUUCUUCAAACGGAUGUUCGCUUUCUUGACUCCUCUGGCCAUCUUCCUGCCCACUCGCCUGGUCGGCGGGAACCCUGCGAAAGGGCAGCGCCGGGAUUGGAGUCUGCUCUUCGUGGUCCUUGCGUACGCGUUUGUCAUUUCUCUCAUGGGUUUGUACUUGUACAUCAUACAAUACCUAGAGGGGAGCUAUGGAUGGGACACGGAGCAGGUCGGGUACUGGUUCAGCUCUAUCGGAGCGGCGCGAGCGCUCUUCUUGACGUUGCUCUUGCCUGCGAUCAUCAAAUUGCUCAAGCCCAAGGCCCCUCCUAUACAGCUGUCACGUGAAGCGGACGAGCCCCUCACGAGCCCAACGGAUGCGUCAUUCCCUGCAGAGCAGUCGGGCAGUGCGUCCAAGCGCGAACACGAGCACGACCCCAAGUUCGACUUGAACGUCGCCAAGGUUUCUGUCAUUGUGGAGGCUGUGGUUUACUUGUUGAUGCUGCUGAGCCCGGACGGGCUGACGUUCGCCAUCACCACGGCCUUCGGUGCGCUCGGCAUGGGCUUCAGCCCUGCCAUCCACAGCGUCGCGCUCACCCUGUACAACCGCCGCGGGGGCAAGGACUCCGGGCGGCUCUUCGGCGCCAUGAGCGUCGUGCAGGCCCUUAGCUCGCAGGUCUUCGGUCCUGCCGUGUACGGCUUCACGUUUAUGAAGACGGUCGGCACGUACCCCCGGACGAUCUUCUUCAUGGGGGUCUGUUCCUUGGUGGUAUCUACCUUGCUGUUGCAACUGGUGCGUCUGCCGAAGAACAGGUCCGAAUCGGGUGGCGAGGGUGCGGACGUCGAGGAGCAGCUCUCGGCGGAGCCGUUCGCGCCUGGGAUCGAACGCGAGGACACCCUCGUUGGUCCAUCCGAGCCGCUUAUUAUUGUCGAAGGGGAGGAUAGGGGUCGAAAGGUCGUAAAGACUGUCCCCUAG